GGGGGUGGGGGAGUGAAAUGGGGAAUUGUUGUAGAUCUCCAGCGGCUGUCGCGAGGGAGGACGUAAAAUCUAACUUCUCCGCACACGAUCACGCCCGUAAAGAUUCCGUUUCCAAGCAGAAGCCGCCGAUCACGGUGCUGAACGGGGUUCCGAAGGAGAACAUCGAGGAGAAGUACCUGGUGGAUCGCGAGCUGGGACGAGGUGAGUUCGGGGUUACUUACCUUUGCAUCGACCGCGGCACGCGCGAGUUGCUCGCGUGCAAGUCUAUCUCGAAGAGGAAGCUGAGGACGGCCGUGGAUAUCGAGGAUGUGAGACGGGAAGUUGCGAUAAUGAAGCAUUUGCCGAAGAAUUCGAGUAUCGUGAGCUUGAAAGAAGCUUGCGAGGAUGACAAUGCGGUUCAUUUGGUGAUGGAGCUUUGUGAAGGUGGUGAACUCUUCGAUAGGAUCGUGGCCAGAGGACAUUACACGGAGAGAGCCGCCGCGGCGGUGACGAGGACGAUUGUGGAAGUGGUUCAGCUUUGUCAUAAGCAUGGAGUGAUUCAUAGAGAUUUGAAGCCUGAGAAUUUUUUGUUCGCUAAUAAGAAAGAGAAUUCGCCGUUAAAAGCUAUCGAUUUUGGGUUAUCAAUAUUUUUCAAGCCAGGUGAACGAUUCUCUGAGAUUGUUGGAAGUCCAUAUUAUAUGGCUCCUGAGGUGCUGAAACGAAAUUAUGGACCAGAAAUAGACAUAUGGAGUGCAGGAGUCAUACUCUAUAUUUUGUUGUGUGGGGUUCCUCCUUUUUGGGCUGAGUCUGAACAAGGUGUUGCACAGGCAAUUCUUCGAGGGUUAAUAGAUUUCAAACGGGACCCAUGGCCAAAUAUUUCAGAGAGUGCUAAGAGUCUAGUCAGGCAAAUGUUGGAACCGGACCCAAAGCUUCGUCUCACUGCAAAGCAAGUGCUUGAGCAUCCUUGGCUCCAAAAUGCUACAAAAGCUCCCAAUGUUCCUCUUGGCGAUGUUGUUAAGUCAAGGCUUAAACAAUUUUCAAUGAUGAACAGAUUCAAAAGAAAAGCCCUGCGGGUUAUUGCUGAGUUCUUAUCCAUUGAAGAAGUUGAAGACAUCAAAGAAAUGUUCAAGAAAAUGGACACUGACAAUGAUGGCAUCGUUUCAAUUGAAGAGCUGAAAGCUGGAUUUAGAAAUUUUGGUUCGCACCUUGCAGAGUCUGAAGUGCAGAUGCUUAUUGAAGCUGUUGAUGCUAAUGGGAAAGGAACAUUGGACUAUGGGGAAUUUCUUGCUGUAUCUCUCCAUCUUCAAAGAAUGGCCAAUGAUGAGCAUCUUCGAAAGGCCUUUUCCUAUUUUGACAAAGAUGGCAAUGGUUACAUUGAGCCUGAUGAGCUUCGGGAUUCAUUAAUGGAGGAUGGAGCAGAUGAUUGUACUAAUGUUGCAAAUGACAUCUUCCAAGAAGUGGACACAGACAAGGAUGGACGCAUCAGCUAUGAUGAAUUCACAGCCAUGAUGAAAACUGGUACAGAUUGGAGAAAGGCUUCUCGACAUUACUCAAGAGGGAGAUUCAACAGUCUAAGCAUGAAGCUGAUGAAGGAUGGUUCUCUGAACUUGGGGAACGAGUAGGCAUCAUCAUACCAGUUCUUUGUUUUGUUCAUCCUUGCAAGAAAAAGUACCGAAUCAUUCCUUGUAUAUCUUUGGACUUUGCUUUCUCUUGUGAUUAUUUGCGGAGGAGGGCUCUUUGCAUUGAAUGGGGUCUUUUUUGCCUGGUGGUUUUACAAGGAAUUAUGGAGGGGCCAAGUUCAUCUUGUUUGUCUCUGCUAAUGUUAAUCGUGGAAAACACCUUGUGGCCAUAGAGUUAGGGGUGUAUGAUUCUCUCUUACCACUACCAACCUUUUUUGAUUAUUGUUUCUGGUUGACAGCAUGGGAUUGAAUUGUGUAGUGCUUAAUAUAUUCUUGUCUAAAGAAAAUAUGGUCUCUUGCCUCUUG